AUGGUGUUUAUAAGUAAUAAAUUAGAAUUAAGUAGAAGUAGUUGUGGGGAAAAAAUGGCAUUUUUGAGGUCAGUAGUCGGCGCUAGAACGGCCGCUGCAGCAGUCGCAGUCGCAAUUCCAGCCGCCUUUGCCGUCUCUUCAGUCGCAUCGUCUCCUUCGUCUUCUGUUUCUGUCGAAAUGGAUCCGGAACAAUCGACGCAGCAGAACGGCGCCGUAUUGCCAGAAUUACUGUCGGAGCUCCAGUCGGCAGCCCGAGCCAGAUGGUACCAGGGCAUGCGCGAGAAGAAGGAUGUGCUGCCGGAGAUAGUGAAAGCCGGCGACCCAGUCCUCCACGAACCGGCUCAGGAGGUUCGACCCGAGGAAAUCGGGUCGGAUCGGAUCCAGAAGAUUAUAGAUGCGAUGGUGAAGGUGAUGAGAGCGGCGCCUGGGGUUGGCCUCGCUGCUCCACAAAUUGGCAUCCCUUUGAAGAUAAUUGUUCUGGAAGAUACAAUAGAGUACAUUAGUUAUACGACAAAGGAAGAGAUCAUGGCGCAAAACAGACAACCUUUUGAUCUUUUGGUUGUGAUCAACCCAAAGUUGAAAAAGAAGGGCAACCAAAGUGCUUUCUUCUUCGAAGGGUGUUUGAGCGUUAAUGGGUUCGGAGCGAUAGUGGAACGACACUCGGAGGUCGAGGUUACAGGUUUUGACCGAUUUGGCCAAGCAAUCAGAGUUGAUGCUUCGGGGUGGCAAGCAAGGAUUUUUCAACACGAAUGCGAUCAUCUUGAUGGAACACUAUACGUCGACAAGAUGGUACCAAGAACAUUCCGAACGGCAGAAAAUUUGGAUUUGCCACUCGCUGCUGGUUGCCCUAAAUUGGGUGCUCGCUAAGCAUUUGCUUCAAGAAACUCACCAGAAUUCUACUGGAAAUUGUUUUUUUACCUUCUUUUUGUCGCAUUCAGUAAUGAUGAAUGCUGAAGAGUGAACUAAGCACAAUUUGAUUGAGACAAUUCAUUAGUGAUAUUUCUUAAAAAAUGUGUAUGUGAAAUAAGCUUUUGAUCAA